GCCCCAAACCCUAGCCCCCUUUGCUAAUCGCCUCACUCCCCCACAAUGCAGAUCUUCGUAAAAACCCUCACCGGCAAAACCAUCACCCUGGAGGUGGAAUCCUCCGACACCAUCGACAAUGUCAAAGCCAAAAUCCAAGACAAAGAAGGCAUCCCUCCCGACCAGCAACGCCUCAUCUUCGCCGGAAAACAGCUCGAGGACGGCAGAACCCUAGCCGACUACAACAUCCAGAAGGAAUCCACUCUCCACCUCGUCCUCCGCCUCCGCGGCGGCGGCAAGAAACGCAAGAAGAAGACCUACACCAAGCCUAAGAAGAUCAAGCACAAGCAUAAGAAAGUCAAGCUCGCCGUGCUUCAGUUCUAUAAGGUGGAUGAGAGUGGGAAGGUGCAGAGGUUGAGGAAGGAGUGUCCUAAUGCUGAGUGUGGGGCCGGCACGUUCAUGGCGAAUCAUUUUGAUCGCCAUUAUUGCGGCAAGUGUGGCCUUACUUAUGUUUAUCAGAAAGCCGGUGGUGAUUAGUCGAGUAAUUAACUAAUCGUUAUUGUUUGUUUACUCAUUUCAUUACGAGAAUUCGGUUAGAAUAUGUUUUGAAUUGUGUUAUGUCAUGACUCUUUAAAAUAAUUCGGUUGCGGUUUAGAAUUAUUACUUUACAUAUGAAAAGGAUUUGCCUUGGUUUGAUAA